CACGCACACGACUUUGUGCUCCUAUUCCCAGCCACACACACGGGCGCACGCAUUCACACGCCCCCUCGCCUCCCUCGCAAAGAUGCGCGCAAGCAAAGCGACGCAGCUGCGGCUGUUGCUGUGGAAGAACUGGCUGUUGCUGAAACGCCGCCCUCUUGGCACCUGUGCGGAAAUCUUCGUGCCUGUGCUGCUCUUCUUGCUGUUGUGGAGCCUCCGCUCCAUCAUCGACACCGAAAAGUUCUCAGACACCACGUUUUGUUCCCGGGCCGUGUCUGGACUGGACUACCCGCGGUUUUACCACAACGAGCAGUUUGGCGAAUUCUCGCAGCUCUUUGACGACUUCAACUGCGAGCCAGAUCGGCCCGUCCUCUUCACCGUGUUUGGGACGCCCAACAGCUUCCCCAUCAAGUUUGAGGAUGACUCCGACACCAUUUACCCCGUCAUCGCAUACGCACCAAAUGAUGUUCCUCAAGUGAACGAGGUGAUGGAGCGGUUCCAGCAGCUGCUGACGACGUUCUUCGCGUUUGACUUUGUCAACGGGCCGCACAACAUGACGGGAUAUGCAACAGAGGAAGACCUGCUCACCGGCUACGACCAAAGCAGCGGCAACAGCUUUGGCCUUGCCGUCAUCUUCCACGAGGAUGACGGCAGCGGCGGGCGAGGUCCACUGGGGUUCACGCCAGACCACGUGCAUUACGUCAUGCGCAUGCCAGAGGGCCUGCCCUCAAACAGCUUUGAGGGUUGGGCUACGGAGCGCUCCUAUCCAGAAUUUGAAGCCCUGGGCCCCGAUGUGCGGUCGACGUACUUUGACGAGAGCCACUUCCUGUCACUGCAGAGCACUCUCGACACCGCCAUCAUCGCAGCCAUCAACGGCUCCAUUCCCCCCGUCGUUCCGCGGCUGUCUCCGCUGCCGUGGCCGGCGUACUCGUCCGACGGCUUUAUCUACGCCCUCCGCGACACGCUGCCGUUUGUCCUCGUCAUCUCCUUCCUCUUCACCGUCACAUCACUCGUGCGCCAGAUUGUGCAGGAGAAGGAAAAGCGGUUGAAAGAAGCAAUGACGAUGAUGGGCCUUGAUCCAAAGAUCCAUUGGGUUGCGUGGUUCAUCCGCGCCAUUGUUCUUCUCUUUAUCAGCAUCGUCCUCAUGAUCCUCAUCUUCGAGGCUGGAAAGUUUACGCAGUAUUCAGAGACGGGUGUUGUGUUCAUUUUCCUUCUCCUCUUCUCCCUCUCCACCAUUUGUUUCUGCUUCCUCGUCAGCACGUUCUUCUCGAAAGCGAGCACGGGUGCGGCUGCGGCAGGGCUGCUGUUCUUCAUCGCCUUCACCCCAAAUUAUUACAUCGGCCCACGCUUUGAGUCCGUCUCCGCCAGCGACAAGACCGGGUUCUGUCUCCUCUCCCCAACAUGUGUUGGUAUCGGCACAUACAUCCUCAGCGUCUUCGAGUCCAGCGGCGAGGGCCUUUCGUUUGCGAAUCUCGACAGCGGAUCGACGGAGAAGGACAGCUUCUCCAUGGCGGACGUGUUUGGUAUGCUGAUCGCCGACAGCGUCAUCUACCUCGUGCUCGCUUGGUACGUCACCAACGUGCUGCCGGGCACAUACGGCAUCCCCCGCCCAUUCUACUUCUUUCUCCAGCCCUCAUAUUGGCGCGGUGUCCACAAGGGCCCCGUGUACUCCAACAAGAACGCAAACGAUGAUCCCAAUCUCUUUGAGCCGCUGCCCCAGGGCACACCGAUUGGGGUGCAUGUUGAGAACCUGUGCAAAGUGUUCAAGGCGGAGACGGGCGGGAAGAAGGUAGCCCUGGACGGGUUCACAUUUGAUUGCGCCGAGAACCAGAUUACAGCGCUCCUGGGCCACAACGGCGCGGGCAAGACGACGGCCAUGUCGAUUCUCGUCGGGCUGUUUCCGCCAACAUCCGGCACCGCCGUUGUCAACGGACACGACAUCACCACAGAUAUGGCCGGGGUCCGCUCGUCGCUCGGGCUGUGUCCGCAGUUUGAUGUUCUGUUUGACGCGCUGACCUUUGCAGAGCACAUUGUGUUCUUCAGCCGCCUCAAGGGCCUCACAGUGGAAGAGGCAAAGCAGGAGGUGCUGAAGUAUGCCAAGGACUUGGAUUUGGAGGAGAAGACGAAUGACCGGGUGGACACGCUCUCUGGCGGGCAGCGACGCGCUGUCUCCGUCAGCAUUGCGCUGUGUGGCGAUUCAAAGGUCGUGCUCCUGGAUGAACCAAGCAGUGGCAUGGAUCCGUACAAGAGACGACACACGUGGGAUCUGCUGCUCAAGCACAAGCAAGGCCGCACCAUUCUGCUCACGACGCAUUUCAUGGAGGAAGCAGACCUCCUUGGCGAUCGCAUCGCCAUCAUGGCUGCGGGCAAGCUGCGAACCAUGGGGUCCUCGUUCUUCCUCAAGAGCAAGUUCGGUGUCGGCUACCACAUGAACGUCACCAAGACGCCUGUGUGCGACGUUGGCGCCAUUGCCUCCACCAUCGCCGAGCACGUGGAGGACUCUGAGCUGGUGUCCAACGUGGGCACGGAGCUCACGUUCAUCCUGCCGCAUUCCCAAGUCGACAAGUUCCCAGCCAUGUUUGACACGCUUGACGCGCAGAAGGAGAAGCUUGGCUUUGAGGCGUACAACGUCUCUGUGACCACCAUGGAGGAGGUGUUUCUGAAGGUGGGCGAGGGCAACGAAAAGGCACUUGUACUCAGCAACGACGCAUCACACGACCACGACAACCACGCACACAGUGAUGGUGUUGAGCAGAAGGUGCUUGUGGAUGCAGAGCACAAGCACAGCGCGAAGGUGGUUGAUGCCGGAACCCCGCUUGUCGGUGCACAGCUGCUGUGGUCGCAGAUGCGCGCCAUGCUUACCAAGCGCGCGCUCUACUCUUCUCGCAACAAGUGGGCCAUCAUCACGCAGCUUGUGAUUCCGCUGUUCUUUGCCGUCGCAGCUCUGGCGAUUGCGCGGCUUGGCGAAACGACAAACGACACGCCCUUGCUCGCCCUGGACAUGACGACAUAUCCAAACCCGGUCACCGUUUUUGCAUCCCCGAACGAUCUCGCAGGCGACUACCGCUCAUUCUUGGAUCGUGCGCCAGCGCGGCGCGUGGCGGACAUGGGCGUCCGCACGUCUCCGCUGCAGGCAUCGCUCUUCUCGCAUCUCACCGACCACAUCAGUAGCCUGAGCGGUGUCGUUGGCGACGUCGCCUCUGCCCCAAUUAACACGUCAGGCACGCUAUUGGGCCGACAAGACCUGCAGGACUACGAGCAGUCCAACUUUUUCGAGUCACAUGUGGCGGCGUUCACCAUGGAGCCUGGCGCGUUCUAUGUCACCUACAACAGCAGCAGCAACCAGUGUGGGCUGCUGCACCCAGACCUCAGUGUCGACGCCGGCCCGCUCUCGCUCGCCUUUAAUGAGACCUACACCAUCACCGUGCUUGAUCCGGCGUUUAGCCAGAUUUUCUUUUCCAACGGCAGCACGGGCGCAACGCAGUUUCGCCCAAGUGACUACAAGCAGUUGUUUGUCACGGCACAGUCACUGCCGCUGAUGGCCAUCACGCUCGAUGUCACCCAGCAGCUCAUCGACACGCUCGCAAACGAGAACAACACGCUGUAUCUGUUCUGCGGCAACACGACAAUGGCCCCAUUGCCACUGCCAAUCAGCUUGGCAGCAGCACAGGCCACAAUCCCCGAUUUCGUCAAUGCCUAUCUUGGCUUCUCGCCCCGCGCUCUCCACAGCCCUCCACAAUCGCUGAAUGUGCUGGGGAAUGCGAUGGCGCGGGAGUAUUUGGGCCCGUCAGCGUCCAUCCACGCAUACAAUCACCCGCUGCCUGCGUCUGCAACAGAGGCUGUGGACUCGAUUCUCUCUGAUCCCAUUGGCGUGAACCUGGCCGUGUUCCUCAUCUUUGCCUCGGGCUUCCUCAUGGCCAGCUACGUGCUGUUUGUGCUGCUGGAACGCGUCAACAAGGCGAAGCAUGUACAGUUUGUGAGCGGCACCAACGCCUACGUGUUCUGGACAGCAAGCUUUCUCUGGGAGUGGUUCACCAUGCUCGUGCCCGCUGUUGGGCUGGUCAUCAUCAUCGCCGCCUUCAACAUUGACGCGUACAACUCGCACCUGGGCCUCAUCUUCUUCCUCUUUAUGAUGUUCACCUUUGCGUCCAUCCCCUUUGCCUACUGCCUGUCCUUCCUCUUCUCCUCGCCCUCGAGCGCAUACGCCGCCGUGUCGAUCGCCUUUGUCUUUGUGGGCAUUGGCGGCCUCAUUGGCGUGUUUGUCGCCACCAUCCUCGACGAGAACCAGGUUGCAUACGACCUGCGCCACGUGUUCCUGCUCAUCCCCAACUACGCAUUUGGCCAGUCCCUCUACGACAUCUGGCUCAACUCCAAGUUUGGCGAGCUCUACACCCGCUUUGCGGACGUGUGCGAGCAAUUCAAUGACGUGGAUGCUGUGCGACAGCUCUGCAACUCGCACAAGUCCAACUACCUCGCAUGGGACAACCCCGGUGUUGGGCAGCCGCUGCUGUACAUGUUCCUGUCGGGCGCGUUUUGGUUCACGCUGCUGCUGCUCAUUGACCUCGGUGUCAUCCACCGCCCGUCCGUUCCUGCCGCCAAAUUUGAAAACCGCGACGAGGACGAGGACGUGCUUGCUGAGCGGCGGCGUGUGGAGGCCGGUGGCGCCGACAACGACGUCGUUGCCGUGCGCGACCUGAGCAAGGCCUUCAAGAAGAAGGGGAACCGCAGUUUCAUCGCUGUAGACUCCAUCACGCUUGGCGUUCCCAAGGGCCAGUGCUUUGGCCUGCUUGGCGUCAAUGGCGCUGGCAAGACGACCAUGUUCCGAAUGCUGACAGGAGAGAUCCGCCCCAGCAGCGGCGUUGCUCGCAUCGCGGGCUUCGACUUGGCCUCAAACAUGACCAAGGCCCGGCAGCACCUCGGCUACUGCCCCCAGUUUGACGGGCUCAUCGGGCUUUUGACUGGCCGCGAGCAUUUGCAGAUGUACGCGCGACUGCGCGGUGUUCCUGAAGACCGCAUCACUGCUGUUGUUGACGAUCUCACAUCCCGCCUCUCCCUCACCCAAUAUGCGGACAAGCCAGCGUACACAUACUCUGGCGGCAACAAGCGCAAGCUCUCAACAGCCAUUGCGCUCGUUGGCUCGCCGAGCAUCGUGAUGCUUGAUGAACCAAGCACGGGCAUUGACCCUGCAUCAAGAAGGUUUCUCUGGUCUGUGUUGGAGCAAGUGACUGCGCAAGGGCAGUCCAUCAUUCUCACUUCCCACAGCAUGGAGGAGUGUGAGGCGCUGUGCCAGCGUCUGGCCAUCAUGGUGAACGGCCGGUUCAAGUGCAUUGGCGGUGUGGGCCACCUCAAACAAAGGUUUGGGCGCGGGUAUUCCCUGCAGGCGCGGGCGAAACCAAACGAGGACGGGACCGCUGGCGACACGACAGCCCUGAAGCUGUUCGUCGAGGCCAACUUCAACGGGGCUGUGCUGAAGGAAGAAUACAACGGCACCAUCACAUAUCAUAUUGAGAACGAGACGCGGUCAUGGUCGUACAUGUUCUCCAAGUUGGCGGAGGCCAAAACGCGCUUCUCACUGGACGACUACAGCUUGAGUCAAGUCUCGCUUGAACGGGUGUUCCUCCACUUUGCUGCCGAACAGCGUGAGGACGCGGCAGAGCGCAACGGCCUUCUCUCGUCCCACAAGAGCCAAAGCCAAAGCCAAAACCAGAGUCAGACCCAGAGCCAAAGCCAGAGCCGCAGUCAAACUCGCCAGGCAGGCGGUGCCGUGCACUCACUGCAAGAACCACUCCGAGACCAUCACAACAACGACACGGAAACAAUCAUCAUCUAGUGCGCGUAUGUGCAUGCGCAUCAGGCUACUUGUCAGUGAUCCGUGCUCAAGCGCGGUCUGGACUUGUGUGAGCACCAUUCUUUCUCGUCCUCUCUUUGUUGUCGAUUGUUGUUGUUGUUGUUGUUGUUGUCGAU